AUGGCAAGUGUGCAGCAUGGAUAUCUCCUGUCUUUCAUUCACUCGAAUUGCUCUUUGAGUCUGCCAGGUUCUAGCCCUCUGCUACUCUUUCCAACAGAUCCUUCCCACGAGCAUCCGCGCACGCAGAGUCAGUGGAGACGACGUCCCACAAACCAGAUCUCAAGCAUUACGAAGCACAAAGCAGCUUCGCACGGAUCUAUGAAGAACCCACCGGGAACCAGAUUCCAAGGACCUCCAACAAAGAAACCGGAGAUUACAUCAGCAUUAUUGAUCUCCAGCGACAACCACAAUCAGCAACACUCGAAAUCAUCCCAGACCAAAGGCACGGGCCCGCCUUCGAAAAAUGUAUUGAAGCCGAAGACGAACAAGGAAUUUUCGGCAUGGGCAGAGUAUAUGGGCGAAGAGAAAGAUGAAGACUUCAUCAAAUGGAAGAAGAAUAUGGUGGGCGAUGGUCAAGAUUCACAAAAGAAAUGA